AUGAGCCAGAACGCUCCUGAUUUGAUAUCAAUCAGCAUAACACAGGAAGAUUUCGUGAAGUAUGGUCUGAAGGAUAUCAACUUCACCCCAGCGCGGUUCGAAUGCGGCCCCAGCGGAGUCGAGGAAACCAUCGUGACCACCACCGGCAGUUUGAUGGUCACCUGGAAUCUCAAGGAUGUACUGCGAGGGAGAACUCACAAGUACUCAGUGGCGACGAUGGGCGAUUACAUCGUCGCCACUGAUUCCGCGCCGGGAGUUGAGAAUAGUACGGCAGGAAAUGCUGUGCUCGCCAUGUGA